UUUUCAAAUUCCCUCUCAUCGCGCACGCAAAUUUUUUAUUUUUAUUUUUUCGCACGAAUUUGAAACACCUUUGUCUGAAAAUUCUCAUCUUCCUCUCGAAACUUUUUCUUUCUUGGAAUUAGAGAUGGAGAGAGUGGCGGUGGCGUCGCCGUCGUCGAGCACGGCGGCGUAUGUAAGCUGGGAGGAGGUGAAUGUUUCGAGCGAUAAAGGAAUGAGGGAGGUUCAUUAUUAUUUGAAGAAAAGGGAUGGGGUUUCGGAUCUGGCUGUGGUUGGGAAAGAGAAAAGCGUGAGGCAUAUGUCUUAUCAUUUCGCUAUUAAGAAUCGUUCCCUUUUCUUCUCUUCGACGCCUUUUUACAAGCUCAAGUCUCGGAGGGAGGUCGUCGAUUGGCUUAAUUCUGUCGUUUCAGAUUUAUCUUCUCAUGAGCCAUACUCUUCAGUUGAUGGCUUUCGUUAUGGCAAAGAUGUGAACUAUUUGGAUUUUGGAGCCCUCAAGGAUUUUCGAUCACGGAAGCUGGGCCAAUAUACUAAAGAAACUUUUUGGUUAGGUUUUUCAUGGACAUGCAGGAAAAAAAGAAAACAUUAUCAGUCGUUCCGUAGGAAUGGUGUAAUAAUUUCGAUUCAUGACUUUGUCUAUGUCUUAGCUGAGGAGGAUAAACGACUUGUUGCGUACUUGGAAGAUAUGUAUGAGGACUCUAAAGGCAACAAGAUGGUUGUGGUACGAUGGUUUCACAAAAUUGAUGAGGUUGGUAUUGUUUUGCCUCACAAUUAUAAUUCCAGAGAGAUUUUCUCUUCUCUUUGUCUUCAAGAUCUCAGUAUUGAAUGCAUAGAUGGAUUGGCUACUGUCCUUAGUCCUGAGCAUUUCAGGAAAUAUUUGAACGAGGCAAUGCAUACUCAGCUCAAGCCAUUUGUAUGCUGCAAGCAGUUCGAAAAUGAUGAUGUCAAGCCUUUUGAUUUGACUCAAGUUAAGGGUUAUUGGAAACAAGAUAUACUUAGAUAUAUGUAUGGUCAUUCUCUCUCGAAUGAUUGCGUGAGUCAUCAGCAACGUGCUGAUGACCAGAAAGCAGAUUGGAAUGUCGAUGAUGGUGUUGGGAUCAGGCCUAGAAAGAAAUAUCGUCAGUCAAAAGAUGAUGAUGUGCACUUGCAUUUCAGUGGCAGCAGAGAGUCAAUGGAUGCAUCAUGUGCAGAUGUGCUAAAUAUCGGGAAUGGCAAAAAUGGAAUUGAAUCAUUCAGUUUAAGUGGAGGGAGUUCUGCAUUAUUGUCCACUGAUGGGACUAAGCAAAAUUCUUCUCAGCAUUUAAAAGUAGGUUCCCAGGUUGAAAUACUAGCUCAAGAUAGUGGUAUUAGAGGGUGUUGGUUUAGAGCUCUGAUAAUCAAGAAGCACAAAGAUAAGGUGAAGGUGCAAUAUCAAGACAUUCAGGAUGCGGCUGAUGAAGCUAAUAAAUUAGAGGAAUGGAUUUUGGCAUCUAGGGUUGCUGUUCCUGAUCAAAUGGGUAUCCGCUUUUGUGGAAGAACAACUAUGCGUCCAUCUCCACAAAACCCUAAAGGCAGUGCUUCAUGUAUUGGUGUUGGGUCUGUUGUUGAUGUCUGGUGGCAUGGUGGGUGGUGGGAAGGCAUUGUCUUUAAGAAGGAUUCAGAAGAUAAACUUCAUGUUUAUUUCCCAGGAGAAAAGCGGGAAUCAGUCUUUGACAGUGGUGAUGUAAGACAUUCUCAUGAAUGGCUGGGAAACCAGUGGAUAAAUAUAAAGGAGAGGCAUGAUCUUGCGAGUUCCAUACUGGGGGUUAGAAAGCAAGAUGCAGGCAAAUCCUAUGAUUGCAAUUUGGUCAAAACCACCGUUGGUGAUGGUGGACAGUUUGCUAAGGGUGCCACCACUGGUUGUAAUGAUUCUCCUGUUGAACCUGGAAAUGGCAGGGCAAAAGAUGUGGGUCUUGUUCCAGAUCUUUCGAAGGAUGAUCUGCUUUCCCAGUUGAAGUGGAAGUCAUCUAGGAAGAGAAGACGUGGGACUGGGACCUCUAUACAGAAGCAGAAUUGCGGUCAUAAACUUAUCAAAAGCACUGCAGAAGUUACACGGUCUGUUACUUGCGAAAGAUUUUUGAUCCCUGCAUCCUUAAAACUUGAUAAUGAUAACUGCAAGUACAGGGGUGAUCCGUUAUUCAGUUCUUCAGUAGUGCCGCCCCUAACAAGCUUGGUUAUGACUAGGUGAUUGACUUCUCUCAUUGGAGAUUUGGAGGUGUUGUCCUCAGUUUUUUAGUUUGAUUUUGCUUUUCCUUCAUAGAGUGCUCCUACUGCAUGCAAUGAUGUGUAGGAAAUGUUCAUUUGAGAGGUCCAUGGUAUCCAUCUCCUCCUUUAUGUACUUGUAUGUAACUUAACCCUUCGGCGCUCUAACUUAGAGUACAGAUUUCAGGCCACAAUUUUGGAUGCAGCACAAAUAACCUCGUAGAUCUCUAACCUACUCAGCCUGAUUUGUUUAGGAUGUUUGCAGGAGGAUUCCUGCGUUCAUGUAAUCUGUAUAUCAUUUCUGGUAAUAAAAAUUUACACUUUGUUUCUGUUGCAUGUUUCAA